AGUCACAGCCCCCUCGCUUGGGUGUGUCCUUAGCUCGCUCCCUCCCUCCGUCUUAGGUCACUCUUUCAACCCUCGAAUAAAAACUGCAGCCAACUUCCGAGGCGGCCUCAUUGCCCAGCGGACCCCAGCCUCCGACAGGUUCGGUCCGCCGGCCCCCGCCCCGCGCCCCGGGACCCUCCUCCGCGCUCGCUCGCUCUCUCGGUUCGCCCCGACGCCAUGGACACGUUUUGGUGGCGCGCAGCCUGGGGCCUCUGCCUCGUGCAGCUGAGCCUGGCGCAGAUCGAUUUAAAUAUCACCUGCCGCUACUCAGGUGUAUUCCAUGUGGAGAAAAAUGGUCGCUACAGCAUCUCUAGGACAGAGGCAGCUGACCUCUGCAAUGCUUUCAACAGCACGCUGCCCACCAUGGAACAGAUGAUGCAAGCCCUGAGCAUUGGCUUUGAGACCUGCAGGUACGGUUUUAUAGAAGAGCACGUGGUGAUCCCCCGGAUCCACCCCAACUCCAUCUGUGCAGCCAACAACACCGGGGUGUACAUCCUCACUUCCGAAAACUCCCAGUAUGACACGUAUUGCUACAACGCUUCAGCUCCGGAGGGAGAAGAAGAUUGUACGUCAGUCACGGACCUGCCCAAUGCCUUUGAUGGACCAAUUAGCAUAACUAUUGUUAACCGUGAUGGCACUCGCUACACCAAGAAGGGGGAAUACAGAACAAACCCUGAGGACAUCAACCCCAGCAACCCUGCUGAGGACGAUAUGAGCAGUGGAUCCCCUGGUGAAAGGAGCACAUCAGGAGGUUACAGCAUCUUCCACACCCACCUUCCAACUGCAUACCCGACCCCAGACCAAGAUGGUUCCUCAAUCUUUGACAACACAGAGAGUACCGCUGCUACCACUUUGAUGAGCUCUAGUGCUACAACUCCCGAAACAGCAACCAAGAGGCAAGAAGCCCAGGACUGGUUUCCAUGGUGGUUUCAACCAUCAGAGUCCAAGAAUCAUCUUCACACAACACCACAAACGGCUGGUACGGAUUCAAAUACCAUCUCAGCAGGCUGGGAGCCAAAUGAAGAAAAUGAAGAUGAAAGAGACAAACACGUCAGUUUUUCUGGAUCAGGCAUUGAUGAUGAUGAAGAUUUUAUCUCCAGUACCAUUUCAACCACACCACGGGUUUUUGACCACACAAAACAGAACCAGGAUUGGACCCAGUGGAACCCAAGCCAUUCAAAUCCAGAAGUACUACUUCAGACAACCACAAGGAUGACUGCAGAUGUAGACAGGAGUGGCACCAAUGCUCAUGGAGAAAACUGGACCCAGGAACCACACCCUCCUCUCGUUCACCGUGAGCACCACGAUGAAGAGGAGACACCGCAUUCUGCAAGCACAAUCCAGGCAACUCCUAGUAGUACAACUGAAGAAACGGCCACCCAGAAAGAACAGUGGUUUGGCAACGGAUGGCAUGGGGAGUAUCCCCAAACGCCAAAAGAAGACUCUCAUUCAGCAGCAGGGACAGCUGCCUCAACCUCCACCAACCAUCCAAGUCAAAGAAUGACAACACAGAGCCAACAGGACAGCUCCUGGACUGAUUUCCUCGACCCAAUCACACAUCCAAUGGGACACGGUCAUCAAACAGAAAGAAGGAAGGAUACGGACUCCAUUCAUAGUACAAUGCCUCAACCUACUGCAGAUCCAAACGCAGGUUUGGUGGAAGACCUGGACAGGACAGGACCUCUUUCAAUGACAACGCAGCAGAGUCAUUCUCAGAGCUUCUCUACAUCACAUGGAGGCUUGGAAGAAGACAAAGACCAUCCAACAACUUCUUCUCCAACAUCAAGCAACAGGAAUCAUGUCAGAGGUGGAAGAAGAGGUCAAAAUCCUUCUGAAGGCUCAACUACUUUACCGGAAGGUUAUACACCUCAUUAUCCAGACACAAAGGAAAGCAGCACCCUCAUCCCUGUGACCCCUGCUAAGACUGGGUCCUUUGGAGUUACUGAAGUUACUGUUGUUGGAGAUUCCAACUCUAAACUUGAUCACGCCUUCUCAGGAGACCAAGACCCGUCCAUGGACUCUGGCUGGGGCGGCCGUACCACUCACGGAUCUGAAUCAGCUGGACACUCAAGUGGGAGUCAAGAAGGCGGGGCAAACACAACCUCAGGUCCUGUGAGGAGACCCCAAAUUCCAGAAUGGCUGAUCAUCUUGGCAUCCCUGUUGGCCUUGGCUUUGAUCCUUGCAGUUUGCAUUGCUGUCAACAGUCGAAGAAGGUGCGGACAGAAGAAAAAGCUGGUUAUCAACAAUGGCAAUGGAGCUGUGGAGGACAGAAAGCCGAGUGGACUCAACGGAGAAGCCAGCAAGUCUCAGGAAAUGGUGCAUUUGGUGAACAAGGAGCCAUCGGAGACCCCAGACCAGUUUAUGACAGCCGAUGAGACGCGGAACCUGCAGAAUGUGGACAUGAAGAUUGGGGUGUAACGCUGACACCGUUAUCUUGAAAAGAAACAACAGUUGGAGACAUGACUAUGUUACAGGGAACUGGGACAUUUAAUGGAUGCAAUGUGCUACUGAUUGUUUCAUUGGGAAUCUUUUUUUAGCAUAAAAUUUUCCAUUCCUUUUUGUUUUUUGUGUUUUGUUUUUUAAAGUCAGGUCCAAUUUAUAAAAACAGCAUUGCUUUCUGAAAUGAGGGCCCAGUUAAUAAUCAGUGACUGUUCCAGUUCCCGCCUAGAGGCCUUUCCUCCCCUGGGUGUGCUAAGGAUGGCUUCUAACAAAAGCUACGAAUACAUAUUCCUGAUCCCCAGCCUUCCCCAGCCCUACUCCCAGGUAACAGCCAUCAACUAAGGACAUUCCCCAGGGCUAAGAGGGAUUGGUUCCUGGGAGGAAAUUUGAUUGUGUCCUUUUUGCCCCCUCAGCAGCCCAAUCCUCGGGCAUUGCUUCCCUGUGGGUUUGGGGAUUGGGGUGUACCGGUUAUACAUCCCCUUCUACAGACCUCCUAGAAAUUUUUCAGAUGCUUCUGGGAGACACCCAAAGGGUGAAGCUAUUUAUCUGUAGUAAGCUAUUUAUCUGUGUUUUUGAGAUAUUAACCCUGGAGGUCCUUUGAUCAGUUUGAUUUUUUAAAGUUAUUUUGUCAGAGGCAUAAAGGGGUUCAAACUGAGUCAUAAUAAACAUCUGUACUUCUUCCAUCUUAACCUUUUGUGCUGUGAUCCUUCAGUUUCUAAACCAGCAAGAUCUGGGUCCCUAGAGCUCACCAGGAAGAUCUGAGAAUGGGAGGAAGACUCCUUAAAGUCUUCAUCUCUGAGCCCCUCAGCCCCCACUCAGACCCACUCAGCCAAAUCUCAUAGGAAAUCAAGGAAGACAGCACUGUUUGAUUUCUGAGCUGUCCAAAGUCGUUCUGUCCUGUCCUGGAGUCAGAAUUGUGAGCAGAGGAGCUUCAGCCACUUUUGUGGUUUAACAACCACCUUUUCUCUCUCGUGAAGAGCUUUGAAUAGCCACAUUAAGUUUGCAUGACCUGUCAUUUGUGGGGUCCCAUUUCAUAGACGCUAACCCUAUUAGUGAUUUCCAUAAAUGAUACAGAAGUGCCUUUUGACAUCUGAUAAUAAAAGGAAAAGCCAAUAGAAAUGAAAAAGUAUGGUCAGUGGCCAACUGAUUGGAUGGCUUGUGGCAGAGGAGGAUGAAUAUAGCUCUUGUUGGAGUAUUGUUAUGGCUGCAGGUGUAUGCACUUUAACAAGCUUCUGUCUGUCCCUGAGGUAGUUGCUAUUCAGGAUGAGUUAAGUGCCUGGGAAGUCCCUCAAAGGUUACAGGGCUUCCCACCAUUGGAAUCUUAUCACCAGAUAGGCAAGCUUAGGACCAAAUAAGUGAAUAAUAGCUUUAUCCUCUGACCUCAUGUUUUCCCCCACUUGGCCAUUCUUUGUGGCAUUAUUCAUUAGUCAGGAUGUCCCAUUGGUCCUGGAACUUCCAAAGGCCACUUGCAAUAGAAAUCAUUGACUCUAUUAAAGUAAGGGUUCCUCUAAAGUGGGACCCCCUUUCUUAGGCUCCCAUAAAGGGUCACUUGUUACCCAAACUUACAGACUUACAGGCAAUGUUUCUCAGACCACAAAGCAAAAAGAAGAAGAAGAAAAGCUCCAACCUAAAACAGGGCUGGGUUUAUACAAAGAGUUAAUCUGAAGGGUAUCUUUAAAGCAGAGAUGCCGACUUUCUGCACUGAUUCCCAACCUCUGCUCUUCCACAUCUAUCCUCUCUCCUCCCUCCCUCCACCCCUGCCCCAUGAUCUUGAAAAACCUCCUUGCUCUUCCUCUGUGAAUAUCAUUGGCCAGUUCCAUAUUCAGCUGUCCAGCUUUCUUUAUAUUUUCUUUUCAAGUUGAAAGAAGAAGACAUUAGACCACUCUCUGUUGUUACUGCCACUAGUGUUAACUGCCCCUUAUUUUCCCAGAGCUUUCUUAGGUCUGCCACAGACCCAAACAGGCUCACUCAGGCUCUUUAACCCAAAUGCAACAAGCCGCUCGGAGACCAGAGUCAAGAGGGCUGUGCCAGGUUCUACCUGUUCCCCAGAUUUUGCUUGGGGCCAUGGAUAGUCACACAAGUUUCACAGCUAGGGAUGGUUUUCCACCCAUUCUAGACAUGCCCAACAAAUAGGCUAGAAUAGGAGAUUGUUUUCAACUUUAUUUUGGAAUAAAAUAUCAUCUUUCCUUUUAUUAUUAUUGUAGUCUCCCACUUGGCUAUACCUCUGUGUUCUCAAGAUAGAAAUAAGGGAGGUCUAGAGCUUCCCUUCUGUGGCCACCAUGAGUGGAGAGCUGUCCAAGUCUUUGUUAUAACCCUGAAAUAUUGCCUGAAGUUCAUGGACUAGAAUGCCUUCUCACCCCCUUGGCAUAAUGGCCAUAACUUUGGAAGCACAACUUGACUACAUUCCUACCAGUGAUUUGCCAGGUGACCUGGGCUAAUACAUUAAACUGGGUCUUAUCGAUAAAAGUAAGGGGCCAGAAUUUAAUUAUUUUGCAAAGCAACCUGGGAGCUUAAGAUGUAGUUUUUCCUGCAAUUGUAAAUCUUUUAUGUCUCCUGAGGGCUUCUCUUAAAUUUAGCUCUGAAUAAAAAAUCAAAUGAGGCAAAAGACACCUUCAAAUGCGUAUUUCCAGUCUAGCAGAAUGGAUUUUUCCAGCAGAACCCUUCAAAAAGUUUUCCAUGGAGGUCCAUAACACCAAGAAUUGAUUUUAUAGCCAACAUUCUACAGCAGAGGAGUAGAAGGAAGGAAACAUUCUACUUCUCUGGAAAAGUAAAAUAUACUUAAGGACAAGAAUAACAUGGUCCAUUCACCUUUCUGUCACAGAUAUGUCUUUUUGCAAAUCAUUUGUGUUAAAUUUUUAAAGAAUAGCUCAUUGUUCAUGCAUGUACUGUACAAUGACCAUUGUUAUUGCUACUUCGAUUUUUCAGAGCACACCCUUCUUAUGGUUUUUGUAUAUUUAUUGAUGGACCAAUAAUAAUUAGGAAAGCAUGAUAUGUAUGUUGCUCAGUUGAAAGCACUUAUUGGAAAAUAUUAAAAGGCUGACAUUAAAAGACUAAAGAAAA